AUGUCGAGUAAACGGUAUUUAGAUGAUCAAGAUCUUUCUAUUAUACACGUGUUUGAUUUAACUCAUCCGACGACUUGGAGUAGUGUUAAAGAUUAUUACGGAGCGAUUGAAAAAAACUGGAAAAUAUGCGUAAAUUGUGGUAUACCUGGCUUAGGUACUGGAAUUCAUUUAGAGCACGCAGGAGCGUCGGGUUCUAUGCAACCGGCUAUUAUUCCUUCUGAGUAUCUUAUUACUCGUCUGGAAAUAGUAGACGUGAGCUACUUAUCAAAACAAGACCUCAAUUUCGUCCUUACUCUUGACGUGGCGUUACAAUGGACUACCCUCAAAUAUGACCCUCGAGAACCGACGUUAGUUCUAUUCAAAUUUGGAUGGACAGAUACAAAUCAAAAUAGAAAAUGUGUUUGUAAAAUACCUGGUCUAAGUUACGAGUUAGCAGAAUGGAUAGCGGCUAACUUAAGUCAUGUAGUUGGCGUGGCGACUGAUGCGCCUACUCUAGAAUCAGACCAGACCAGGGAACUGACUGCGAGAACAGUCUCCAACGUACUCGGAAAAAGUGGUGUCUACAUGAUAGAGAAUGUCAACAUACGGAGGCGACUACCAGAGCGUGGAUGCAUGACAAUAGCUAUGCCGCUGAAGCUACUAGAAGCAAGCUAUGUACCAACACGUCUGACCGCUUUGUGUCCGCCUCGACACAGCGACCGGCGCGUUAGCGUCGCCUUGAAGAAACAGACGCAAACACACUCAGCCAGCAGAGAUGAGGACGUCGAUUUGAACGAAAUAUUUAAUUAA